GACUGAUCCUUUUGCCCUAAUUUAUUUACCUUCGUUCCCAUCCCCCUAAAAUCUUCCGCCGCUUCUUCAUUCCCUUCGUUGUCUUCUUCAUUCCCUUGCUAAAAUCUUCAAUUCUCCUCCAUUAAUUACAGAAGCUCUAUUUUCUUCUACUUUUCCUUCUCCUCUAUUUUUUUUAAACCCUGCAAAACAAUCUAAUUUUUGAAGUAGCAUCUCCAGCGUAUUCAUCUAUUAUUGCUAUUUAAAUUGAGGUAUUUUUUCUAACUCAUAUAAUAUUGUAUAUUUAUAAUAGAUAUAGAUCUGUUUUUCUUAUAUAUCUUAAUUGUUAUUUUUUAUUUGUGUUAUUUAAUACGUUUCUGUUAUUUUGUGUUAUUUUAAUUUGAACUUAAAAUAUGAUUGUUAGAAGCAUUAUUAUAUAAAAGGUCCUAUUUGUUUAGUAGCACUUUUGAAGAAAUUUGUUGUUAUGUUACUGUUAUUUUUGUGAAUUCUUAUAUAAAAGAUCUGAAUAACUAAAUAAUAUAUUUUGUUAGGAAUUGUUAUGUUGCUGUUAUUUUUGUUAGUGUUGUGGAUGUUUGUAAAACGUGGACUGAUCCACGUUAUACAAAAUAUAGUGUAUAACGUGGAUCAAUCCACAUUUUACAAGUUGAAACAUUGUGGAACUGGAUAUUGCCAAUAAUAGACCGAUGAUGACAUUUUCGGUACAGGAAAAAAGAAUUGUGAAAUGUGUCAAAGAAUCGAAUUUUUUCCUCUCUUUUUGUGAAUGUUGCUUUGUUUGAUGUAUUUAUGCAUUACCAUAGUAAUUUAUGACCGCAGAACCUGUAAUUUCUUCAAUAUAUUUUGUUAUGGAUUUUUAUACAAUAUAUUUUGUUAUGGAUUGUUAUACAAUAUAUUUUUUUAAUAGUGAGUUACUCCAAAUAACUUGAUCUGGAUUUCCUAUUUUUUUUUUGUAUAAGGUAUGGAGUUUCCACGGGUAUGCGUACAUCCGGGACCAGAAGUGUACGAUGUGUUAACACUCCAGGAGAAGCAUCGUUCAGAGGCUGUGUGGGAUGGUUCCUUGAGAGGACCGACUGGAUGCCUGUUUCCUCGCCGCGCGGAUACUGAAUUUUGGAAGCAUGUGAGGCGUCAUCCUUUUCAUCCUCGCAUCCUUGACUACUUUGGCCUGUGUGGAUUUAGGGGAGUAAUAGAGGUAGGAUGUGUAUCAUAUGAUUGGGCAGUCAUCACUGCACUUAUAGAGAGAUGGCGUCCUGAGACGCACACCUUUCAUCUGCGUACAGGUGAGGCGACCAUCACAUUACAAGAUAUCGAGGUCAUGUUUGGCUUGGUUGUUGAUGGUUAUCCCUUGAAUAAUCUUAAUGCUAGAUAUAUCGAUAUUGGUGGGUGGCAACAAUUGAUCCAUGAGCUUACUGGUUGGGCACCCGGUCUGGAUUGUUUUAAUGGUGUUAGUAGGUUAGAAGUACAUAAAUUAAUUGAAUAUAUUAGAGGCUUAGAUGAUAUUACAGAUCAGACCCCAGAAAUUGAUGUGCAACAGCGGGUUAGGUUGUACUUGCUAUGGCUUUGUGGCGGCACGAUAUUUCCGGAUAAGUCCGGUGACUUACUGAAUUUAGAUUAUUUGCUUGACAUGCGUGACCUUAGAGCAAUGAAUGAACAAGCUUGGGGAGCGGCUGCAUUGUCAUAUUUGUAUACUUGUUUAUGCCGUGCUUCGUUGAGGAAAGCGAAGGAUGUGUGUGGAUUCAUUUCCUUAUUGCAGGUUUGGGCUUGGGAGCGCAUUAUACCGAUGCAGCCACCAUGCAGGGCUCUUCCGCCACACACGGCUCUUGCACGAAGGUGGACUCAUCGUAAAUCCCACGAAAAUGAGGCACGCGAUGUUUUACCCAUAUGUAGGGAUGUAUUGGACAACCUAAUAGAUGGCCAGUUUGUGUGGCAGCCUUAUUCAGAGGCCAUCAUCAACAGACUCCCUGAGUGGUGUCUGCGUGGCCGAGAUAUUUGGAUGGCGAAAGUUCCCCUUAUUUGUGGGAUCUAUCGAGAGUGGCACAUGGUAGACCGCGUUCUCAGACAGUUUGGUAGGAAGCAACAUAUUCCGGGUCCAUGUGCAGAGAUUGAUCCUUUUCAUUACAAACGUGACAAGCGGUAUGCUAUAAAAGUGGAGGAUCAAGAAUAUUUUACAGAAACAGACUUUUUGUGGGGAAAUCGUCGAGAUAGUUUAAUUCAGGCCGAGUAUGAAACUCAAGAUCCACAGUCACUAUCAGAGUAUUUUUGUUGGUAUCGACGUCACUCGCGCACUUUCAUAGGAAAUCCUGCGCAUAAAGUGGAUAGAGGAUACCAACACAUGGCAGGCAGGCAUGAGGCACUGGCUUUAGGACAUCAAGAAUCAUACAGGUUGGCUCAGCAGACUAUCCAAGAUCCAACCAAGUCUAAUGAAGUGAAGGAAAUAGCAGAGAUGUUUAGCCACAUUAAUACAGAGUCCAUGGUUGCUGCCUCUCUGGGGACGAUGUUGAGUUUCGCUCCAUAUUAUACACCACCGGCAGAGUAUGUUGAGCCGCCUACUAUGCAAGUGCCUCGUCAUCAACGUCCUAAUGUACCAAGACCUGCGGCGCGUGGUAGAGGACGCCAAUCAGGUAACAGACGGGGUCGAACUCCCGUGGAUCACCAGUUGGUUGAUGAGGAAGAGGUUCGUUUUGAUCAAGAUAUGCCCAGCUCAACGAUGCAUACAGAUGAUGAUGCAUAUCACCCAAUAAUAGAUUUUAUGUCCAGCUCAUCGACGUUAGCUCCCGAGGUUCAAUCACCAGCAGUAAUCAGAAGUGAGGGGCCUUUUCAGGCAUUCGCAUCGUCUGGGCCUAUUAGCCUGGCAGUUAUGGCCCAACAGUUUAGUGGUCAGACAAGCAGCUCUUAUGGGAUGACUGAGGGGCCUUUACCUGCAUUCACUGGACAGAGCUCUUCAAUUGGGAGGAGACUGAGUUUUACCGAUUCUCCCAUGGAAUUUGAUGUUGGAUCCUCACACAUUCCUGUGCCGGAUGUACAGACUUUAGAGCCACAGGAUACAGGUGUGAUACAAGAGGACGAUCACCAACGUAGAUCAAAACGAGAACGUCGUCAAACUCGGUGUGGCACGGGGGGGAAAAAGGGACACUGUAAAAAUUAAAUUUUUAUUAUAUAGUGGGUAACUUCAAGUUGGGAAAAAUUACUAUUUUUAUUUGCCAAUUUCUGUCUAUUUUUAUUCAAUUCUGGUUCACCUCGUUUCUGCAUAUUUAAUGUGUGUAAAGUUUGCAACAAAAUGGAAUUGAAAAAAGUUGGAGUGUAAUUUUGUUGGCCAAAUAUGAAUUGCAAAUCGUUGGCAACGUUUUGCAAUUCAUAUUAUUGCAAAACGUUGGCUGGAAAACGUUGGAGUAAUUUUGUUGGCCAAAUAUGAAUUGAAAACGUUGGCUGUAAUUUUGUUGGCCAAUUGCAAAUCGUUGGCUA